AUGCCAACUAUCUAUGGCUCCAUGACUCCUUCUCAAGUGCCAUCCACUGCCCCCACUGGAGUUCUUGAUGGGCUUUUGGAGAGUCUACCUGAGUACACCACUGCUAGCAUGAACAAUGGCAGUGACACUCCUCAGUGGAAAGCAUGGCAAUGGCUUGCUUACCACCAGAACAUUACAUUUCUUCCCGAAUGGAGGAAGGAACAGUUGUUUGCUCUGGCCACCUUCUUCUACGCCUUUGGGGGAGAGAACUGGAACCCUUUCAUCCAGGAGCGAUGGAUGGAUGAUGCAAAGGAAGAGUGUCAAUGGUUCUCCAGUGGAUUUGGUUUCUUGGGGCUGGACGGAGAAUAUGUCGAACUUCAAGACUACGGCAUCGAACCCACCUUCCCAUGUGACAGCCAUGGCAAGUUUACAUCCCUUUUUCUGGAAGAUCAAGAUCUUUCUGGUCUCUCCCCAUUUAUUCCACCAGAGAUUGCACUGUUGACCUCCUUGUCUAUUCUUCAGUUGGGUGUCAAUGGUAUUGCUGGACCAAUUUUAUCAUUUCUGCCAACCCAACUCUACAGGAUGACUAGUUUGACUAUUAUUAGCCUCUGGGAUAAUCUGGAAUUGACUGGAAACAUUCCUUCAGAGCUAGGGUUGUUGACUGACUUGACUGUGCUGGGAUUGACAGCAACAAAGUUGACUGGCACCAUCCCGGAGGAACUCUGUUUUGUCCCAGAUCUGCAGUUUGACUGUACCCCAGAUUUGUGUGGGUGUUAUUGUGGCUGUUGGCCUGGACAAUUCCCAACCACGGCUGCUGCUGUCAUGGUCAAUAUCCGAACUGAUCAGAAUCCAUGGCACAACACCUGGGCUUGGCAGCAAGAAAGCAACACAACAGCCUAUGCAUGGGACACAUGGGAGUCAGGUGGUCCGCUGGAAUUUCAAAGUCAUCUUUACUCUUCUCUUUUUACAGUCAAUCCCAACACCAGCUACAGGCUGGUGGUAUCUGACAUUGCCCGCAAUGGCCUUUCCAGUGGGGGUAUUGGCUUUGAAUAUGGGUGGAUCACUCUGACGGCAGCCAAUGCUGUGUUGUAUUCACAUCUGGGUUCGCACACCUCAGGUUUCUCUGACCUCACCAUUGACAUUUUGGUUGGAGCAGAUGGUUCAUUUGACACAUCAACCCCCCCUGGUUGGCCUGGUCGGUUUCCAAGCAUGGUUGCUUCUGUCCUGCUCAAUAUCGAAACAGAUGGAUUUCCCAGUAACACUUCAUGGGUUUGGAAGCAACAAGCAGAAUUGACAGCUGAUAUGUGGGACUCUGUGGAAUCGGAUGGACCCCUGGCAUUUCAUCACCAUCUGUUUUCUGCUCUCUUCACAGUCAGCCCCAACACUGUCUACAGGCUUGUUGUAAGUGACAGUUCAGGCUUUGGGUUUUUCAGCUCUGGAUGGCUCACUCUUACAGCAGCGAAUGCAACAAUUUUGUAUUCGUAUGAGUCAAAAUUCUCUGAAGUCACCAUUGACAUUUCCGUUGGAUCCAAUGGAUCUCUUGAUAUCACGAAUACUACUACUAUACUAUGA